AUGUCUAGCAUUUCAACUGGGAUUGAUCCUGCUGCAAAAUAUCAACGGCUUAGUGUUGAAUAUGUUAAGGUCAGGAAUCAGGUAUCUGUUUUGAAAUCGGCACUCCUCGAAGAACAAGCCAAAACGACUGAAUUACAACAUCAAAUCACUGCUGGGGAUACUAAAUUGAGAAAAACAGAAAGCGAACGUGACUCUCUUGCAUUCCGAAAUGAUCAACUUGUAAAACGAGUUGAGAGUUUACAAGAAAGUUUGGAAGCUCAACUUUCAAUUUUUGAACCGACCAAAGGGAAAAAGAAACAUAAAGAAGCAAAUUUGCGUUUAGUAGCUGAGAAUACUCGAAUGCAUCAACAUCAAACUUUUGGCGGUACUUCUACUUCUGAUCCCAAUAUUAUUAUGGAGGAGGAACUGGAGCGUAAAAUACUAGAAAAUAGUGUUCUUCACUCCAAACUUUUUGACGUUGAAAGGCGCUCUACAGAGACUACUAAUGAGUUACUUCAACGAAUUGAGUCAUUACAGAAAGAAAAUUCAGCACUCAGAAAUGCUUCCUCGUUAAAUGGCUCUACCAAUUUUGUAAAGACUGCCAACACAGACUUGCCAUCUGAUUCUGCUGUUUCUGUCGACUCAACAGAUCAAACUGACGUAGAAAAUGAAGAAAUUGUGGCAAAGAGACGAUUAUUGGAAGAAUAUUAUACUGAACGAAUCUCUACUUUAACAAAAUCUUUGCAACAUGCCACUGGACGAGCGACAUAUUACAAACAAGAGUGUGAAGAACUUGUUAGAAAAGGUCUUUCUGAUGCUGGGCAAAUUGAAGACUUGCAAAGCAAAGUUCGUGAUCUUGAGGACAAAUGCACAUUGCUGCAUGAAACACUUGAGACAACACAACAAAACUACGGCGAGCAAAUGAAACAACUCCAUGAAUAUAUGGCUGAACAAGACGAUAAAAUGAAUUCAUCUACACAAGAUGAUCAACAUCUUUAUCAAGCAGUAACUAGAAAUGGAGUUGGAUCGAAGAAACGUGAAAAAAGACCAAUGAGUUGGUUCUCCUCUUCUUAA